ACCCUAGCCUAUGGAAUAGAAUAGAAUGUUUGAAUGGCCAAGACGUUAUUUUUGGUCGAUACAUUUUUUCAGAAAAAAAAUCAAUUAUUCAUGUUUGAUCUAGUAGAAUUUUUGUCAACAUUUUGUUGAAAUGAUCGGAAGUUAGUGCAGGAAAUGGAAUUCCGAGAUUUGCAGUCGUAUGCACGGUGGCUCAACACAUUGAAAAAUCCAGGUUCGAUUUUGCAAGGGAAGCAGCUCCACUUAGUUCUCCUCAAAAAGGGCGUUCUAUCUGCGCUUUCGAUUGGUAAUCGUCUCGUGCAGAUGUACGCAAGGUGUGGUAGAAUGGGGGACGCCCGGAACCUGUUCGACGAAAUGCCUCAAAAAAACUGCUUCACUUGGAACGCACUUCUCGAAGGCUACGCCAAGUCAGGGAGCAGUAAUGGCGGUCUGUUGGACCUUUUUAUGUCAAUGCCGAUCAGGGACGAAGUCUCGUGGAACACAGUGGUGUCUGGCCUGGUCAGGGACGGCGACUUGGAUGGUGCACGGAAGGUGUUCGAUGAAAUGCCGAGGAAGACUUGCAUUGCCUGGAACACGAUGAUUCAUGGUUAUGCGAAGAAUGGUGGGUCGUGGAUGGCUUUAAGGUUGUUCAAGGAGUUUUUGAAGUGGGAAUUUGGAGGCAGCGUCGGAGUUUUCGGAUGGGAUCCGUUUAUUUUGGCGACUGUUGUCGGAGCUUGUUCGGAUACGGGAGGAUUGGAUAUCGGGAAGCAAGUUCAUGCUCGGAUGAUAAUCGAUCGUGUCGAAUUUGAUUGUGUUUUGCGAAGUGCCCUCACGAAUAUGUAUGGGAAGUGUGGCGAUUUGGACUCGGCGGCACGAGUUUUGAGCGCGAUGGAGGAUCCGGAUGAUUACUCUCUGUCGUCGUUGAUAUCGAGCUACACGAGCUUCGGCAGAAUGGAUGAUGCUAAGAGAAUUUUUGGGCUUAAAUCUAAUCCUUGUGUUGGAUUAUGGAAUAGUUUAAUUUCGGGAUACGUCGCUAACGAUGAUCCGGCGGAGGCGCUGAUUUUAUUUGGCGAAAUGAACAGUCGAGGAGUCGUGGGCGAUUGCUCGACGUUUUCUAGCGUUCUGAACGCUUGCAGCGACGUCGGUGUUAUUCGAAACUGCAUUCGCCUGCACAGUUUUGCUUAUAAGCUCGGGAUUUUAAACGACAUUGGCGUCACGAGCGCGUUAAUUGACGCGUAUGCGAAGUGCGGGAGUUCAACCGAUGCUUGCGUCUUGUUCAGCGACGUCAAAUCUUUCGAUACGAUUCUACUAAACUUGAUGAUCACGGUUUAUUCGAACUGUGGCAGAAUCAACGAGGCGAAGCGCGUGUUCGGUGGCAUGAAAUCAAAAAGCUUGAUCUCGUGGAAUGCUAUGAUCGUCGCUCUGAAUCAGAACGGUUACCCGAUGGAAGCGUUGACGUUUUUUCACGAGAUGAACGUGAACGGCUUGAGAAUGGACAAAUUCAGCCUCGCCGCCGCCGUCGCCGCGUGCGCGAGCGUCCCGUUGCCGGAGUUCGGCGAACAAAUUUUCGCCCGGUCCAUCGCGGUUGGCUUGAAUACGAAUCGCGUCGUGGCGACGUCGAUCAUCGACUUCUACUGCAAGAUUGGCUCGAUCGAGCUCGCUCGAAAAGUGUUCGACCAAAUGACGAACCCGGACGAGGUCUCGUGGAACUCGAUGCUGAUGGGAUACGCGACGAACGGAUACGGACACGACGUCUUGGCGCUGUUUCGUGAAAUGACGCGUAACGGCGCGACGCCGUCGAAAAUCACGUUCACGGCGGUUCUAUCCGCGUGCGAUCAUUGCGGGCUCGUGGACGACGGGAUGGAGUGGUUUCUCCGGAUGAAGCGCGACUACGAUAUCGAUCCGGAGAAAGAACACUACUCGUGCAUGAUCGAUCUUUUGGCGAGGGCGGGUCGACUUCAAGAAGCUAUCGGGCUGAUCGACGAGGUCCCCCCGGGGGCGAAUUCAAACAUGUGGUCCGCGGUUCUUCGGGGGUGCGCGGAGUACGGCGACCACGCGCUAUCGAAGAAGGUUGCCGAGAGAAUUACGGAGGUCGACGGAGAAAACUCGGGUGCCCUAAUUCAGUUUUCGCGCGCAAUGGCGUCCGCCGGAGAGUGGACGGAGUCGGAAAUGGUCCGGCGGGCGAUGCGCGAACAAAAUGUCGCCGGAAAAACCGCCGGCCGGAGCUGGUGUGGUAUUUGAAGGAAAAUGAGGACUGAAUAAUGGUAAAAUUAUUUUAUUUUGACAAAGGAUAAUUUAUUGAUUUUUGUGUAUUAAUAGUGAAUAUUUCUCAUAAAUAUGUUCAAAUUUUGGUCGAAUUGUACACUUGAAACAAUGGAAAGAUUAAUUGAUGGAAGAGAUUGUAAUG